GGGCGCCUUUACCGGCCAGGAUGGUCCACCACUGUGUUUCCCUGUUUGCUUUGGCUGGAGGAGGGGCUGGGCUGAGGACAGCUGCCCUGAGGGCUGUGUGGGGUUCCCAGCACCAUCUUCCAGGGCUUGCACAUCGAUGCCAACCCAAUGGGGUGUGGCUGGUGCACCGCCAGGCCCAAACACACCCACUGCUCCUGCUGGCGCCCAGGUGACGAGCUGGAGCUGAUCCGGCCUAGCGUCUACCGUGACGUGGCGCGCCAGCUGCACAUCCCCCUGCAGUCGGAGCCCGUGGUGACCGACGCCUUCCUGGCCGUGGCCGGCCACAUCUUCUCUGCAGGCAUCACGUGGGGCAAGGUGGUGUCGCUGUACGCGGUGGCUGCAGGGCUGGCUGUGGACUGUGUCCGGCGGGCCCCGCCCGCCAUUGUCCAUGCCCUGGUCGACUGCCUGGGGGAGUUUGUGCGCAAGACCUUGGCGACCUGGCUGCGGAGACGCGGGGGCUGGACCGACGUCCUCAAGUGCGUGGUCAGCACAGACCCCGGGCUCCGCGCUCACUGGCUGGUGGCUGCCCUCUGCAGCUUUGGCCGCUUCCUGAAGGCCGCCUUCUUCGUGCUGCUUCCCGAGAGGUGAGCCAUGCAGUUGGCGCUGCAGCCUGGCCUGGCUGGUCCGCGAGGCCACGGCACAGGAUGCCUCCUGGAGCUCUCCAGCCCUCGGACCCCCACGUGGACACUGGACGCCGGCCCUCAGUCCCGGCCCCCACAGACCCAGGCUCUCUGUGAGGGGCAUGGGGAGGGCUGCCCUGGCCCUUCUCCUGGACCCCUGUCCCCUUUUCCUUCCGGAGUCAGAGGUCAGGGUCCAUCCCAGCCCCAUGGGAAGGAACCUGGGUACCCUCCCAGGACCCGAGCUGACCUCGGUCCUCGGGCAGAUGGCUGCGGAAGGCAAGGGCUCUUGCGGGCCCCACAGGUAGAGCAGGGGCUCACGUACAGGAGGGAGGUCCCCACCUUGACAGUGUUGUCAUGCCCUCAGAACCAGGUAGUGCUCCAGACAGCCGCAGCUCCUGACACGGGUGGCCCUGGGGCCGAGGCUGGCCCCUGCUCUCUCGCACCGUCUUCAGGUGGCCACCUGGGAUGUCUUGCCGGAGCCCAGACCUUCAGCCACACGCCCUCCAGCCCUGCCGCCCGUCCAGCCCUGUGCUCACCCACCCCCAGGGUGGCGCCUGACUUGGGCGUCCCGCAGGGCUGUGCUUGGUGGUGGGUGCCAGGCAGGCCCUACUGACCAGCCCUCUGGAGGCCAGGCCAGGGCUGGGAAUGAACGUCUCCGUCUAGAUGGAGUUGCUCACCGAAGGGGCCCUGCCUGACUCUGGCCAUGGUGCAGGUGGGAAGGACCAGGCUGGCGGGGUCUGGAGAGGCCCUCUGGGCUGGUGGACUCAGAGGCACGAGCUGCUGCCAGUGGCCAGAGGCAGAGUCCACACUGACACAGGUCACGGGCACCUCACUCUGGGCCCACAGAGGCCAGGCUCUGGGCCCAGGACACCUGCCCAGCCAGGUGGGGGGGCGGCGCCCGAUGGCGCUUGUGGCACUGGAUGGCCUGGGAGACGAGGACCAGCCCAGGAUUCAGGUUGGCAUGUGAGUGCCAGAGGCCCUUCUCUGCAGGCCUGCAGUGCUGAAAGAAAUGCGGUCUUUUCUUGCCCGCAGGUGGGGGGUCGUGGCCCAGGGGUAAGCCCCGACCUUGCACGGGGUCCAUUAUGGGAGGGUGGCCUGGGGGACAUGGGGUCUGGAGGACUCGUCGUGUUGGGGCCCCACCUUGUCACUGGUCCUUCUUCCAAGGAAGCUAGACACUUCACCUGAGACCUACCCCACCCAGGCUCUGUUCCAUCCUGACCUGUAACCUGCAGCCCCCAGACAGGUUGCAGGUGUGACCCUCAGGAGGGGAACUUCUGGGUUCCCUGGUCUCAGCAGCCCAAAGUGGGGGACUGUAGGGGUGGGAUGAGUGCCUGCCUUUGCUGCGGGCUCUAGGCUGCCUACACUGCAGCUGCGGUGGCUGACGGUGCCUGUCUCCCUUGGUCCAGCAGAGGGGCCCCGGGGCCAGGCAUGCGAGUGGUGGCCCCUGUCCUGUAGCUCUGUCCUUGGCGCUCUGCACAGGCUUCCUGGACCCUUAGUGUGGCAGGCCAUGCCCAGGCUCAGGUUCUGAGCUGGGUCUGCUGGGCCCCAUUCUGGGUGCUAGAAGGAGCCAAGAGGGAGGUGAGCUCCAGAACCUUUGUGCAGUCGCUACCUGGGUCACACCUCAGCUUGGGCCACGAGGCCUCUCCCAGGCCUCUCCAACCCUGCAGGUCGGGUCAACAGCUGCCCUGCCCUCCUGCCCAGCCAGUCCCCAAGGCCCUGCCUUCUACCCACUGAGCUCUGCCCCCUCCCCGUCUCUUCCCUCCAGGAACUGCGGAGAGGGGACCUGGGAGGCCUCCGGGCUGGCCAGGGUAGGCACACCUCUGUCUCUGCCGAUCUAGCCAGCCCUGCCCGCAGAUCAAAGCCUGGUAUUUCCAGCACCAGAUAGCAAUGCUGUGACAGAAUUCAGGAAGUGGUAGGAGCUAAGGAGCACACAGACCAGAGUCUGCAUGUGCAGCUGGGCUGAGAGAAAGAGGCGCUGCUUCUGGUAGGAGCCAGGACAGGGCUCUGACACGCAGGGCGGGGCUGAAGCCUGGAGGGAGGGAGGCUUCCUCAUACCUGGGGCCACUGUGCACUUGGACAGACAGAAAUGCCCUGGGACAACUAAUGAACUUCACCAACUCUGUAAAUGAAUUUACAAAUCGAACGUAAUCUGAAUAAAAAUACCAGAAGCUUC